ACACGUGUUUCAAGAUGGCGGCCGUAAGAGAAAGCAGGUUGGAUAAAAACCAGGUUGAAAUGGCCGUUCCAGCGUUAUUGAAGUAUCUUGCGACGACAAGAAGUAACGAGAUACGUUUACUGAAUGAGAACGAGCUAAUAUGGUUGCAGCUGGCACUAAAAAAGAUCCCACAGGCGAACAAAAAACCGAAAAGGAUAACUCUGCCACAUUCGCUGUAUUCAAAAAUCACCGAUGUUUGCCUGUUGUCGAAAGAGAAAGGUUCACAAGUUAAAGAGUUCUUGGAAAAGAAUGGAGUUCAUACAAUAACUAAGGUGAUUCCAAUAAAGAAACUCAAAACUCAUUACAAGUCGUAUGAGUCGAGAAGACAAUUGCUGGCGAUGUAUGAUGUAUUUUUGUGCGACAGUAACAUACACCACAUAUUGCCAAGGUUACUGGGCAAGGAGUUCUAUCGCAAGAAAAAAUUUCCAAUACCAAUCAAUUUAGGCAAGAAAAAUAUUGCUGAAGAAAUUAAUGGAGCAUUGCAAUGUACUUUGAUGUCUGUUGGACAAGGAUCCUGCAGCGCAAUCCGUAUUGCUCAUUCUGGAAUGAGCCCAGAGGAAAUUGUUACAAACAUAAUGGAUGGCGUAAGUGAAAUCACAAAGGUAAUUCCUCGAGGUUGGGCUAACAUUCAGUCAAUGAAUAUCAAGUCUUCCAAUUCUAUUGCUCUUCCGAUCCAUACCUCGCUGCCGGACAAUAUUGAGGCAAUUGAAGUGGAAAACUCACAGGCAAAAAAGAGAAAGAUCAAGGACAAAACGGAAGCUGGGAAAAAGAAAAAGAAGAAAGUGGCCAAAGAUGAAGAUGAUAGCAAUAAAGAUAGCGAUUGAGAUGAUACCAUAGAAACUUUAGAAGAAUUGAAAGAGUUGAUACUAGAGAUGUGAGAGAAAUGAAGAGACAGACAAUUCAGCAUAUUCAAAGUUAAUCACUUGUUUUUCUCAAAGACAAGUAGGGAUAAGGGAUAUACACUUGUCUAAAAUGUCUAUGUAUUAUUCAAUUUAGUGUGGGUUUUUUGCUCAACUCAAACUUCUUAUAGCAGUAAAAAUGCA